AUGGCUCUCUCACCCACAAAUCUAAAUGAUGAGAUGUCUCUGCAGAUGAAGACAGACUGGAAGGAACAACAGUUGACUGAGAAAAAUAAUGGCUUUCUCCCAAACCUCAACGUGGCUGAAGGUGCAAUGCAGAAUUUGCUAAAGGAAAUUACCAUACUGGAAGACGUCUUGGACAGGUCAGAUGAUGAGGACGACGUUUUCUCUGAAAACCCUCAAAAUGACUUCCUUCACAAGGAUACAUCAGAGGAGGAGUCUGAGUACGGCCAGGAUCUGCAGAGCGAUGAGCAGGGUGAGCAGGAAGCAGAUAUCGUUCAUGAAGACGCUCAGGAGUCCACAUCUUUGCAGUUUGCAGAGAAGAACAGCCCUGAAUUGUGUCAGGAGAGCAUGUUCUUCAAUGUAAACUACUGGAAUACAAAGAUGGACUUGCAACUGCAAGAACUCAGAGCUGAUGACAUAGGUUGGAUGGACAAAAUUAACAAUAUUAUACAAAAAAUAAACGUAACAGAAACCACAGUGAAGAGCUUAUUAAAUGAGGUGAUAUCCCUGGAGGAACAAACUGAGAUGCUGGCGGACCAGGACCUUGACCCCAAUCAGGGGAUAUACAUCGAGGCAGGUGUUUGUAAUGAAGCUCAUGAAUUAAAGGAGAAAUUCAUUGAAAGAAUGGAGGACUUUUGCAAGGACAUGGCUCUGCUGAAUAGAAAGCUGAGGAUGUACCAAAUGCAAGACGGGAACACAGAUUCUGAGUACAGUCCUGAAGAAAUGGACACUGAAGAAAUGGAGCCGCAGCUUCUUCAGGCUCCACCCCCUGCGUUAGGGCAGGACUCUCCUCCCCGUGUUACCGCGUGGAAAUGUGCACUGAGGAUUUUCGUCAUGUUUUACGUCCUCGUGUUCACUGGACUUUCAUGCUACAUACUAUUUUUUGAUGCUACAUUUGUCUUUGAAAGGGUGCUCCCUAGAAUGCUUGGGCGCCGCACGAUGUGGGAGCUACGGGAGAUCAUUGCACCUUUCUUGAAUUUGGAAGCGGAAGACUUGUUACCCUCCUAAAGUUACAGAACUUGCCCUUAACCCUACUGACUUUCUCCCCAAUAAAAUUCUGGCUGUUCCUGUA